CGACAAGAGCUAUUCUGCAUAGGCAACGCUUUUUUGGGGGGUGUAUGUGCGGGUUUUAGGGCCCAUUCGCCACGAGGUGGUGCCCUGGAGCUCCUUCGCUCCCGCCUCCGCGCCUGAAACAUCUCCGCCCCGGCAGCCGAGAUGUGCCGGAGAGGGAGGGCGACAGAGUCGGCUGGGCUCGCCGCCUGCUCCCGCUCCGCCUUCAGCUUGCCGGGAGAGUCGUUGCAAGGGCGCAAGGCGCUGACGAUGCCCCGGGUGCUGCAGGACAAGCCCCGGGGAAGGUAUUGGAGAGUAAUGUCACAGCUUGUAUCCAGCAUGAAGGAGAAAAGGAAUUGCUGCCAUUGGAUAUUGAAAGUUGCUGUUUCUCUCCCAACCGCCCUAGCGAUAUUCUGCUUGGCUGGGCGAAGCAUUCCUAACAGAAGGAAAUCAUUUCAUGGAAGUCCCAGAUGGAUUGCAUACUAUACACUGAUUCAUAAAACUGUCCCGAAAUGCUGAUCCCACCCCUCUGCCCUUGGCUCUGAAAGAGCUGCAAGAGACGUGGCUGCUUGUGUAAUUGAUAAUCCCGUCUGGCACGCAGAACUUACUCUUCUGAAGUUACACAGAGAAUAUGAGUUUCAAAGCUGGCCCAAGAAAGAUGGAAAAUAACACCACCACCACCAAAACAGAGCGCACCACCAACACUGCAGUGUGAUUGUUCUGCUGAAGACUAAGAAAGCAGAAUGAAUGUUGGGGUGCAUGUUCAGGACACAAUUCUAUAUUUUAAGUUCAGCGUAUUGGGGACUUCAGACAACAGUCUUCAUGCAUUCAGAGAACACGUGAGAGGGUCACGGGGUCUAACCCCAUCACACAUCCCGCCAAUGCCUGCAUGCCAGAAAGUAAACAGACCCUGAAUGUGUGGAUGGUGGACAGCUUAGCUGCUGGGGCAUCAGGGUUCUCUUCCGCACAAGCUUAGGAACGAUUUCACAUGUGCACGUGCAGUAUCCAAAUGCUCAAUGACUGGGAUUUUUGUGCAAAAAAAGGGGAUUUGAGAAGAAAUACGCAAUUGCAAAAUAAAAUAUGCAGCACAUCACUUUUGUGAGGCGUGACCUAUGACCACCUCCAGCGCUAUGUUCUACAGGUCGCCCUCGGCCAUGUCCCCGCCGUCAAAGAACAAGCUCAAGCGACAGAGUCGGAUAUUCUCGCAGGUCUUGUAUCGGACGCUGAGCUACAAAGACCGCAGCUCGGUGGCUGCUUACCCAGUGGAGAGCAGGGAAGACCCGUCGGAGCUCUCCACUCAGGUCUCGGCCCCGGGGGUGCUCAAAAUAUUUGGGUGCCACAUCUGUGCGGGUGCCCACUACAAGAGCGUCCUGGCCACAGCCAGCUCCAGUGCCCAAGAGCUGGUGAAAGAGGCGCUGGAGCGGUAUGGGCUCAGCAAGGUGGUUGCCGGACACUACGUGCUCUGUGAUGUCAUUGGGACAUUUGGGGGUUUGGACCGGCAGUGGCAGAUGGAAGGGCUGAGAGUCCUCCGGGACAAUGAGAAGCCACUUCUGAUCCAGGACCUUUGGAAGGCUCGAGAAGGUUUCUCCAGGAGGUUUGAGCUCCGGAAGCGAUCUGAAGUGGAGGAGCUGGCCUCCAAGGACAAAGACACCAUCACAGCAGGUAUUAACGCCCAGGCCCGAAAACUCCAGCGGAACCGCACCAAAGGCACCAUGACCCUGUUGACGGGAUGCAAGAGCCACCCUACGCCACCCCAGCUUCGCCGCACUGUCAGUGAGACCAGCCUCAGCCAGGCUGGCGCGCUGGGAGAAGGAGAGGAGGAGCCCUUUAAAAGGCAUUACUCCACACUACCUGAGACCCUCCAGUGUCUGGGGAACACCAGGGACGGGCAGCCAAUUCCCGCGGAGGAGCAGAAUGGCAGCCACAUGCGGUAUUCGCUGUACCAGUCUCCACAUCUCCUGCUCCUGCAAGGCUAUAGCCAGCAGCAUGACAGUUUGGUGUAUUUGCUGAACCGUGACCAGCACACUGUCAGUCAAAGAACUCAAGCCAGCAAGCCUACCAUUAGCCUUUCCGCUCCAGACAUCCUCCCACUCCACUGCACCAUUCGGCGAAUUAAGUCUUCUGGCCGCUCAGAAGAGAAGCUCCUCCUCGAGCCCAUCCCCGGAGCCAGUGUCUCCAUAAACUUCUCUGAGGUGGGCAGGGCAGUUGUGCUCCGUCACGGAGACCUCCUCUCCUUUGGCCUCUACUACUUGCUUCUCUACAAGGACCCUCUGAAAGCCCAGCCACUGCCUACGCAGACCCUGAUGAAGCUGAAAGCCGUGCACCAGGCCUUUGAGCCAGAGCUGGCUUCCCCCUGCAGCGUGUGUGACAAGGGCUCUUCUUCCAAGAAACAGGGGGUGCAGACUCCCUCCGGCCGGAGAAGCAGCCGAAGAAAGCUGCAGCUGCAGUUUGACAAGGCCAGUGAAGACUUGCUGCUGAGGAGAAUCAUCACGCUCAUUGAGCCCACGAGCGAUGACCACAAGCUGACGCCGGCCUUCCUUUUAUGUCUCUGUAUCCAGCAUUGUGCCAACCGCUUCAAGCCAGGAGAGUUUGGUCAGCUGCUCCUCAAGUCAGCCAAGAUGAUCCAGAGGACCGUGUGGGAGAAAACGAAUGAACUAGCUGAGAAGCAGUCCCAACACCAGGAUCCAGCCUCCCUCUCCCGCUUCACCAUCAAAGACCUGCUGCCGGACUUGCAGCACAUUCUCUUCUGGAUGUCAAACUCCAUUGAAAUCCUCUACUUUGUCCAGCAGAAAUCCCCAGUUUAUAUCCAGAGCAUGGAGGAAGAGCUGGACAUCAAAGGGUCCAAGGAAUCUCUCUUUUCCCUGACUAUAACUGCCAGUGAGGAAGCCAUGACGGUUCUCGAGGAAGUCAUCAUGUAUACCUUUCAGCAGUGUGUUUACUACAUCUCCAAGUCUCUGUAUGUGUCUUUGCCCACCCUGUUGGAAUGCAACCCUUUCCAAAGUGAUGGGCGGGACAGCUGGCUCACGUCUCCCCCACUGCCCGAGGAAGUACGCAAAGUGGUGCUGAUUUACCAGGCCACCCUGGACCUCCUCCACCAGUAUGAGGUGCACCUGGAAAUUGCCUCUCAGAUGUUCGCCUACCUGUUCUUCUUCACCAACACCCUCCUCUUCAACCAGCUCAUGGAAAAAGGGUGCUCCUUGGGCUGUUUCCACUGGUCGAAAGGAGUGAGGGUCCGGGCCACCUUGCGGCUUCUCCUGGAAUGGGCCCAGAGCAUGGGCUUUGGCCAAUUGGCACAUGAAUUUUUCAGCAAGCUCUCCAGUGUAGCGAGCCUCUUGGCUAUGCCAAACUCCCAGCUUGUGCAGAUGACGUGGCCUGUGCUGAGAGCGGAAUUCCCCGCCCUGAAUCCUGCCCAACUGCACCACAUCCUCACCCAGUACCAAGCCUCGUCUGAUGUGGGGUGUGUACCAGUCUGGCAGCCCAGCAAGGAGGAUAGUCUGGCCGCCUUCAGGACAGAGGAUGUCCUGGAGUCGUUUGACAGCCACCCUCCCAUCAUGCUGCCUAGUGGAGGGUUCAAGGUGGACUUGGAAGCAGAGCACCUGGACGACAAUGUUUAUCAGCACCUUCUCUACAUUCGCCAUUUCCUGUGGAGCUUGCACAGCAGAAGCCCCCACCCCAGCGAUUCGCCUAACGCUGAACCCCCAAAGACAGAAGCGAUCGGCUGCCAAACCAGCCCCCAGGUGGACUCCGAGACUACGUCAGCACUGCCAACAACCGCAAGCGCCUACGGCUGGCUGAACCGCAGGCCACCAGUGAGUUGUGUAGAACCAAGGAUAGACGUGGGGCUCUCUCCAGUUGAAGGCACCAACAGCUCUGCCCAGAAUUACGAUGCUUGUGAGCUGCAACUCCAUGAGACGCUCCAGCAGCUUCACUUGCAGGAAUUGCAAGAGAAGAACGGCACCAAGCCUGUUGUGGUACCAGCGGAUCCCUCUUGCUUGCUGACCCCACCGAACACACCUCUGACCUUUGACCCAACAGGUCUCGAACUGACCCCAGAAGCCACCCCCGGAAAAGCCAUGGCAGAUCCACGGAGGAACGGAUUCAAUGGCACCAAAACCACAACCCCCGAAGGCUCUUCGCCAACGCCCUGUGACUUUCCAACUCCUGCUUCUUCAAGCCGCAGCUCAGCCACGGAUGAUUUCUGCUACGUCUUUGUGGUGGAGCUAGAAAAGGGCCCCAUUGGCUUGGGAAUGGGACUGAUCGACGGCAUGCACACCCCCUUGAAUUCCUCCGGGAUAUACAUUCGGACUCUGAUCCACGACAGCCCUGCAGCAGCUGAUGGCCGGCUCGCCAUCGGGGACCGCAUCCUCGCUGUCAAUGGCACCAGCCUCAUUGGCUCCGAUUACCAGAGCGCUGUCGACCUCAUCCGGUCAGGGGGAAAGCAGGUGCGGUUUCUGGUGGCCAAGUCGGACUUGGAGAUCGCCAAGAGGAUGAGCUCCAGCGCUUCGCCUUCCCCAUAAAAACGGUGCCUCCGAAAGAGCCCUCCCAUCUUCUCCUCCAAUGAAUGCUACAUCAAGCACACGGGAGCAAGGUUGUGGGCGAGGACAGGUGACACACCUGGAACGUUUGGAAGGCUGACCCAGCUUGUACCCAGCCAGAGCAGGAGGCAGGCGGUGCCCUUUGGGUCCCCAGACCAACAGAAAUCAUACAGCACUUUUGAAGAAGAGGCAGCAGGUGUCAUCUUCCACAGCAGCCAUACCCGACUGUACCGGCUUGGAAUGAUCCAGCCCUUUCCCCCAAAUGUGUAUGCCAUCUGUGCCCCACACAGGCCUUUGAAUCCGGACUUAACAUGUGCCCUGCUUCCUGGCUGGUCAUUCCAAACCUUGCCUGCUCAUCUCUCUGUUUGCUCCCUACACUCUGGCCUGCCCUACAUUCAUUGAGCCAUCGGGCACAUUUUGGAAGAAAUGGGCUUGAAGGCCAGCAGCCUUGCUGGUAAAGCCAGUGGACUUCAAGUAUGUGUCCAAAUUUCUAUCCCUCCCAAAUUAGGGACAAAAACUCCUGGGGGCUUGCAUUUCCCUUCGCUCCUGUGUAAGCUCAAAGGUGCUCUCUGGCCACUGCCCUCCUACUGUGCAGAGGUUGCAAAAGGGACUUUUUUUAAAAAAAGGCAUGGGAAGUAGCCACUUCGUCUGGGCACCAGUGGCAAGCAAGACAUGCUGUCAGGAAGCCAGAGCUGGAAGCCUUAUGAAAGAUCAAUUUAGGUCACAAGUGACUACAUUGUUAUGUGGGGAAUUUUUUUUUUUUUUUAAGUAUGUGGGCUAUUAACUUCUGGGCACAGUCUGUUUGCUAGCCUGUCUUUAAAAAGCUGCCGGCACAUA